AUGGAAGCAGUCCGUUCAUUGCCCCUGGGGCAUGGUGCAUCUUCGGCCCAUCCGUCCGCGGAAGACCUAGAUGCAGCGCGGCAAUUAAUCUCAUCCGCGCAGGCGGGUCGCGAACACAUGGCACAGUAUGGAAAUCGUCCUGGGAUUCAUGUGUCGGGGACGCCUCCGCCUCAUGGCCACAGUCAACCCUCUGCACCCGGUCAAUUGAGCGACCAUCAUGCACAUGGUCACCGGGAACCACACGCCUCUCCCAAAGCCCAGAAGGAUACAUCGUUUUUGGGUCAUUCCUGCAGCAAUUGCGGAACACAACACACGCCUCUCUGGCGUCGGUCACCAACCGGUGCCAUGAUUUGCAACGCCUGUGGCCUCUACCUCAAAGCGCGCAAUGUCGCUCGCCCAACGAAACGAAAUCGCAUGCAAUCUGGCACCGAUACUGAAAACUCCACCACCCCCGUCGCGCUUCGUCCCGCAGUGACCGAUGUGUCAGAAGGGGGCUGCAAGGGUUCAUGUCCCGGCGGGGGCAGCUGUAAUGGUACCGGUGGUGCAGAAGGCUGUGAUGGCUGCCCGGCAUACAACAAUCGAAUUUACAAGGCCGCUCACCGUGGUCCUGCACCGGUCAGUCAGGGUUCUCUGGGUCGUUCCCCCGCGCAUGAUCAAGAACCCACGUCGGCUCCUCACGACAAUGACGGCGCCACGAAACCGCCGUCAACAGAUGGAAGCCCUACUCUGGUGGCAUGCCAAAAUUGCGGGACUACCGUGACCCCCCUCUGGCGUCGGGAUGAGCAAGGGCACCCCAUCUGCAAUGCUUGUGGCCUCUACUAUAAACUUCACGGAUGCUAUCGACCAACAACCAUGAAAAAGUCCAUCAUCAAGCGUCGUAAACGCGUGGUGCCUGCCCUGCGAGAUCAGUCUCCUACCGCCACGACUCACUCGUCGAACGGCUCCUCGGCCUCCCCCGAGGCGUCUCCCGCGGCGUUGGCCCAUGAUCAUCAUCGAUACAUGAGUAAUGAGCCAAUUGACGGGCCCCGCCAGCUGCCAUUUGCGCCGCCUCCUGUGGACUUCACCGGCUACCAUAUCACCUCGACCCCCUUGCUUCCUACCGCGCUGCCCAAGCUCCUUCACCCGGAGCGCCUGGGUCCCUCGCCAGUUUCCCUUCACGAUCGCCGCUCCGCCUCCCCCAAUUCUCUGCCUCGGAAACGAACUCUAGCUGAGUCGAGCACUGAAAGCGUUUCGGUCCCUCCGACUUUGGAAUCGGGGUCCAAUCAGCUCCCGCCUAUCAUGACUUCGGUCAACCCCUCACCUCCCGGUCGCCUCAGCUCCAUUUCCUCCAUCCUCAAUCAAGCCGAGCCGCGUAGUGACUCUCCUUUGGGCAGACCCCAGCCCUACCAACCCCCUCUGCAACCUUCGGCGUUUCGAUCUCAACCUCCUCAUGCGACGCAGCCGCCGCCUCCGGCUCCCAGUACCUCACCUUUCCCGGACCCCGCUGCGGAACGUCGUGCUCAGUUAGAACGGGAAGCGGAACAAAUGCGUGAAGCCCUGCGUGCCAAAGAACGUGAGCUUGCUGCCAUGGGUCGCUGA